AUGCCGAGUGUGUGCAACGGCAGCCCCUCCGCAGAGCCCCUUGUGAGCACGCUGCGCACCGUCUCGCUGCCCAAGGAUGAGUUCGACAAGCAGAUUGGCGGCGGUCUGUGGCGCAUCAGCAUCACUGCCCGCGCGGGAGGCGGCGGCGUGGCAGGCGGCAGCGGCGGCGGGAGGGCCGGCAGCCCCAACUGCGCCGAACCGCUGUGCCCCACGACGCCCAGCGGCAGGCAGUCAGAAGCCCCGGGCGGCCUGCUUGGACCCCAGCGCGCCGACCCUCCGCGCUCCAUCCUGGGCCUGCCCAUCAUCAGCUGCCGCAGCCCGCGCUACGCCCUGUGGGCACUGAUGGUGAACGACCUGGAGUGGACUUGGGCCUGCUUCGCCGACCUGGCCGCUGGCUGCGUCUUCGCCGCCGAGCUGCUCCUCGGCUUCCACGUCACCUACCUGGCCUCCAACGGCGGCCAGCAGCGCGAGGUGCGCGGCGGGCGGGCCGUGGCCCGCUACUACGUCCGCCACGGCUCCUUCUGGCAGGACGCGCUCAGCACCGCCAUCUGGGUGACGCAGAUCGUGCUGCUGGUUGUGCACCAGGCGGGCGGCGUGGUGAUGGCGGAGAGCAGCAGCGCCUUCCAGGUGGUGCGCAUCAUCCGCAUGAUCCGCUUCGGCUCCGUGCUGCGCCAGCUGUGCAUCCUGGCCAUCGGCUCCGGCUCCUCCUCCCUCAUCCCCGGCCUGCGCAUCGGCCCCCGCCUGGCCCACUCCCUCAACAUCACCUACUCCUCCCUCGUGGUCCUCCACUUCGUGGCCUGUCUCUGGAACUUCCUGGCCAUCAAGCAAGGCUUCGAAGGCACCUGGAUGAACCCCAUAGCCUCCCUCUGCUACCGCUACGCGCCCGACGGAGCCGGCCCGCUGACUGCGGCGGAGCUGGCGGCGGUGCCGGCGGCGGAGCGGUACCUGAUCGGCGUAUACUUCAGUCUCGUCACGAUGGCCACCAUUGGGUAUGGCGACAUCGUGCCCAGGAACCCGCUUGAGUGGGUGGUGGACUGCGUGGUGGUGGCCCUGGGGGUGCUCAUGUUUGGCCUGGCGCUGGGCAGCCUGGCGGAGCUGGUGGCCAACAGCAGCAAGGAGGCGCGGCAGGCGCAGGUGUACCGCGAGAAAAUGGAGGGGGUCAACGCCUGGCUGCACGCCUCUAGCAUCCCGCGCCCGCUGAAGCACAAGAUCCGAGCCUUCUACUCGGCCUGCCGUGAUGCCCGCUCGCCUUCCCGCCUGCUGUUGUUGGCAUAUGUAGACGUGUGGCUGCGCCACGCUGCCGCCCGCACCAGCGUGGUGGAGCAGUUCCGAGAGCUGCCCCACGCACUGCGCCAGGAGGUGGCCUGGGAGCAGAACCGGCGCCUGCUGGAGCGCCUGCCGCUGGAGCUGGACGCCACCCAGCGCUGCGCCCUGGCGGGCACCCUGCUCCCAGUGGACCUCACCCCGGGCCAGGAGCUGUGCCUGCACGGCGACCCAGCAGACCGCUUCUGGCUGCUGCACGAGGGGGAGGUGCAGGUGUUUGAUGAGUGCGACAUCGUGGCCGGCCUGGCGGCGCCUGCGGUGCUGGGGGUGGAGGCCCUGCUGCAGCACGUGGACCCCUCCUGCGCGGCACGACCCUACGGCUACAGGCGAGCGCCGGCCCGGCUGGGGCGCCGCCCGGGCGGGGGCUGGGACCUGGGGGCGCCUCCUGCGCAGCUGGAGGACUUGAUGCCAUACCUGCUGGAGAAUGUGGGGGUGUUGGACGCCCUGUGCAGCCGCGCCCAGGAGCAGCUCGAGGCGCAGCGCGAGGCGGCUGGCUGGCUGGGGCGGCCCGCGGCGGUGGCCGUGCCGGUGCGGGGCGCAGCCGACGGCGGCAGCGGCGGCGGAGGAGGCGACUCACUCCCCGGCGAGGGGCUGAGGCAGGAGGAGCAAUGGCAGGGCCAGGAGCAGGCACCGCCCCCGGCCUGCCUGCACGGGUCUGGCCACCGCCGCUCCCGGGCUCCUGGUAUGGACGCCUCGACUUGGUCGGUCUCUACUGAUGCCAUCACCCCAGAGCAGAGCGCUGGCUCAGAGCAGCAUCCCCCGCUGCACGCAUGGCGUGCUGCUGGCGCCGGCGACGCCGAGCGUGCCGCGCCGGCAGGGGCCGCGCCAGCAGCGGAGGAGGCAGCCUUGCCAGCUGCCCGUGGCACCGAUGCCGAGGCGGCGGCCACGAGAGGCGAGAUGUUCCAGCUGCGGCAGGAGGUCAUCACCCGGCUGGAUGGGCUAGGGGAGCAGAUGCGCCGCGCCGUGGCCGCUGCCAGCCUGGCGCAGUCGGUCGCAACGCUGAGCGCUGGCCGGCCGCAUAGUGGCGGCGGUAGUGGUGGCGGAGGCAGGGCCAUGGUCGGGAGGACUGAGUCGUCACGCCUGCGGCGGCGCCAGUGGAGCUACGGCCACCUGAGCACGCAGUGA